AUGGUAGAUUUUAAUGUCAUCUGGGGCAUAAGUUGGUUGUCCCCACAUUAUGCAAUUCUAUACUGUCACUCUAAAACAGUUACCUUAGCUAUGCCUGGGGCACCUACACUUGAGUGGAAAGGUAACCUUAGUCCCCUUCCUAAAAAAGUCAUAUCCUUCGUUCGUGCUAAGAAGCUAGUGGAAAAAGGUUGUUUAGCUUAUUUGGCACAUAUCUGUGAUACCAGCGCAGAUACUCCGUCUAUUGAUUCAGUUCCAGUGGUAUGCGAGUUUGAAGAUGUGUUUCCCGCAGACUUGCCAGUGUUCAUUGAUGAUAUCCUAGUGUAUUCUAGCAGCAAGGAAGAGCAUGAGAAACAUUUGAGUAUUGUUUUUGGGUUAUUGCGAGAGGAGAAGUUUUUGCAAGGGCAUACUGAAUCUGAGUGUUUUGUUCUACAUCCUGAGUUGGAGAAAGAUAAAGAGGAGAGGAAUAACAAGAAUGGGGAUCAGGCUCAAAGAAAUAAAGUUGAGAACAAAGCAAAGGAGGAUCCAAAGGAGAAAGCUAAAGAGAGAAGAAGACAUAGCAUGGAUUACAAUGGUUGGAAUAUUGUCAAAGAUGGUAAAAUACAGCCACUGGUAGAUAAUGAGCAUGUUAAAGGAAAGUCUAGUUCUGUAGACAAUUCUGAGGAAAUUCAAACAAGUAAUGCUUUUGCUGCUUUGGAAGAGGAUGUGACUGCUGAGGAGGAUGUGGUUUCUAUUGAGCCACAAGCAUGUAAAUCAUGGGUGGAACAAUCUUUUGGGAAACAGAAAUCACCAAAAAGGAUAGAUGAUAAACAAGAGGUGAUCAACCAAACUGAGGAUAUACAGAAGAAAAAUCAUGUACAUGAAGAAUCAAAAAAUGAUGAUAUAGAAAGGGAUGAGAUUCAAAAUAAUGUAGAGGAGUUAGAUAUAGUCAAAAAAAAGCAACAGAUAGAAGAAGAUCCAAAAGAACUACCAGAUAUAGCUGCUGAUCCAUCUGAUAAAAAAAAGGAUGAUAUUGAAAUAAUUAUAAAUGAAGGUGUUGUUGUUACUGAUAUUCAUCAUGAGCAGGAAGAGGGGACUCUUGCUAACUGCACUGGCAAGAUUUGGUUGUUUGCUAUGGAAGAAUGGGAAGUUCACUUAGUUGAGGAUCAUGCUCAACAUCUGACAGUAAGAGUAGUACAUCAACAGACAAGGCAGGAGGAUUUAGUCUCAGUGGUGUAUGCCUCUUGUGAUGCAAGCAUAAGAAGAAACUUGUGGGAUUCUAUGAUUCAUUUAGCAGGACAAUGGCAAAUUCCUUGGCUGGUGGGAGGUGAUUUUAAUGUGGUUUUGACUGAUGAAGAGAAGUUAGGUGGUUUGCCAGUAUUGUUUCAAGAGACUGAAGACUUUGCAGCUUGCAUAAAUGACUGUCAUUUGUAUGAUCUGGGAUAUAUAGGCAGCACUUUCACAUGGUGGAAUGGCAGAUCAGAUGCAGCUACUAUUUUUAAGAGAUUAGAUAGAAUCUUGAGCAAUCAGAAGAUGAUAGAUCAGGCCCCUCAAAUGACUGUCACUCACCUGAUCAAAAAAGGCUCAGACCAUGCUCCACUUGAGUUGCAGAUAAGGCAAGAAACUGAGAGGAUCAUCAAGCCUUUCAAAUUUCUAAAUUUUUGGAUUUAUCAUGCUACCUUCAAUCUGGUUGUCAUUGAAAAUUGGACAGCAGAUUUUGCAGGAAAUCCUUUUCUCAUUUUUCAGCACAAACUGAAGAUGUUGAGGAAAGGACUGGCGGAAUGGAGGAAGGUAACUUAUGGAAACAUUUUCCAGAAGGUUGCCACUCUAGAAGAGGUGAUUUUUACACAUGAAGCUCAGUUUGAGGCUGAUCCAUUAAUGGAGAACAGAGCUCAGUUGCAUAGAGUUCAGGCUGAACUUAGUAAAUACUUACAUUUAGAAGAGGCAUACUGGAGGCAAAAGUCUGGCAUGAAGUGGUUCAAAGAUGGGGAUAGAAAUACAAGAUUCUUCCACACUUAUGUAAAUGGAAGAAGAAAGAAGCUUAAGUUAACUAAUAUUCAGAAUGGGGAUGAAGAGUGGCUAACUAUAGUAGACAUUAUUACUAAGGAGCAUAAUCAUGAACUGGUGGAAUUACCUUCUGAGGAGGAGAUCAAAUCAGCUAUUUUUGGACUUAGUGGGGAUAGUGCAAGUGGUCCUGAUGGUUUCACUGGCUGUUUUUUCCAACAUUGUUAG